GAAAUAUAAGCUACGUCCUCAUUCUUCCGCCUUCAUUCUCGGUUCUCGAUUCUCGAUUCUCGAUUCACCACUCACCAUUCUCUAUUCCCCUAAAAACCCAUACCCCAUGUAUCCUGCAAUGACGAUGCCCUGACUCUCUCGAUUGCCCCGUCGACCAGCAGAACUUCUCUGCGAGCGAUCGCGAUCCAACGUCACUCAACGAGAAUCUCAGUCCAAAAUGUCGCCGAGUAGCCUAAAGAACGGUGUCCGAAAUGGCCGACAGCCAGACCUUCACCUUGUCACCGACGAGGACGCCGUUUACGAGCAAGACAUUCUGAGAGACCUAGGAAGUACUAAGCCGUGGCUGGCAUACAUCCAGUUCAAAUUUCAGCACGGGAACGUUCACGAACAAGCUUUUGUUCUGGAGAGGGCAUGCAAGCAGCUUCCGAGGUCGUACAAGCUCUGGAAGAUGUACCUGCAAUUCCGAACAAAACAUGUCUCCAAACUCAAUACUGCCGUCUUUGCCUCCGAGUAUAAGAAAGUUAAUGCCUUAUUCGAACGAGCACUUGUCCUUCUCAACAAAAUGCCGAGGAUAUGGGAGAUGUAUUUGAAGUUCUUACUGCAGCAGCCUCUCGUCACUCUCACCCGGCGCACCUUCGAUCGAGCCCUUCGAGCGCUACCUAUCACGCAACACAACAGGAUAUGGGCGUUGUACAGACCAUUCGCCAACUCCGCUUCGGGCGAGACGGCUGUGAAGAUUUGGCGACGAUACAUGCAGGUCCAUCCCGAAGAUGCCGAAGAGUUUAUCGAGCUUCUGACGCAUGUUGGCCUAUACACCGAAGCUGUAAAGAAGUACAUCGAUAUCCUCAACAACCCGCGCUUUAACAGUAAACAUAGUAAAGGACAUUAUGAACUCUGGAGCGAGAUGGUCGACCUACUUGUUGAACAUGCCAACGAAAUCGAGACUGGACAUGAGACUGGCAUCGAUGUUGACAAGAUUAUUCGAAGUGGAAUCGACAGGUUUGCAGACCAAAGAGGAAAGCUCUGGUGCGGCUUGGCUACCUACUGGGUUAGAAGAGGCAGCUUUGAGCGCGCUAGGGAUAUCUUUGAAGAAGGGAUUACGACUGUCAUGACCGUUCGAGACUUUACGCUCAUCUUCGAUACCUACGCCGAAUUUGAGGAAUCGAUUAUUGGCGCGUUGAUGGAGUUAGCGUCCCAACGCACGGAAGAAGAUAAAGUCGACGAAGAUGCCGACUUUGACUUAGACAUCCGCAUGAUGCGGUUCGAGCAGCUCAUGGACCGACGACCCUUCCUUCUCAACGAUGUACUACUACGGCAGAACCCCAACAGUGUCUCAGAAUGGGAGAAACGUGUGGCGCUCUGGGGAGAUAACAAGGUCGAGGUUGUUCAAACAUACACCGAUGCGAUCGCGGCUAUCAACCCAAAGAAAGCAGUUGGGCCCUUCCACCAGCUAUGGGCAAACUACGCCAAGUUCUACGAAAAGGGAGGUGACAUCAAGAAUGCAAGAGUCAUCAUGGAGAAGGCCGUCAAAGUCCCAUUCAAGUCAGUUGCCGAAUUGGCUGACAUGUGGAUCGAGUGGGCAGAAAUGGAGCUCCGCAAUGAAAACUUUGAUGAAGCUGUGAAGAUUAUGGCCAAGGCUGUGCAAGCUCCAAAGAGGUCGACGGUUGACUAUUUCGACGAGACUCUUUCGCCGCAGCAAAGGGUUCACAAGAGUUGGAAGUUGUGGAGUUUCUAUGUCGACCUUGUUGAGAGCGUCAGCUCUCUGGAUGAGACCAAGAAGGUCUAUGAGCGCAUAUUCGAGCUUCGAAUUGCCACUCCGCAAACUGUAGUCAACUAUGCCAACCUCAUGGAAGACAACAAGUACUACGAGGAGUCGUUUAAGAUUUACGAAAGAGGACUGGACCUUUUCAGUUAUCCAGUGGCUUUCGAGCUAUGGAACCUCUAUUUAACUAAGGCCGUCGAUAGGAAGAUCGGUAUCGAACGGCUCCGAGACCUCUUUGAACAGGCAGUGGAAGACUGCCCACCUAAAUUUGCCAAGGUAUUGUACUUAAUGUACGGCAAUCUAGAGGAAGAACGAGGCUUAGCGCGGCACGCCAUGCGCAUCUAUGAGAGAGCUACUCGUGCAGUUUCAGACGAAGACCGAGCCGACAUGUUCAACUUCUACAUCACGAAGUCAGCAUCUAACUUCGGUUUACCUUCUACGAGACCAAUUUACGAAAGGGCCAUUGCUGCCCUCCCUGAUGAAGAGGCGCGAGAUAUGUGUCUCAAGUUUGCCGACAUGGAGAAGCGCCUGGGAGAAAUCGACCGUGCCCGCGCCAUUUACGGCCACGCAUCGCAGUUCUGUGAUCCGCGCACGAACCCCGCAUUCUGGACCAAGUGGGAGCAGUUCGAGGUGCAGCAUGGCAACGAAGAUACGUACAAGGAAAUGCUCCGGAUCAAGCGAAGUGUGCAGGCGCAGUACAACACAGAUGUCAACUUUAUCGCCUCUCAAGCGAUUGCACGCGCAAAUCAGACACGAGCAGGUUCGGAACAGCCCAAUGGGGACUCCGAGGUGGCAGAUGCGAUGGAGCAGUUGGAGCGGCAAGCACGUGCUCCAGCAGGGUUCGUGGCAGCCAGCACGGGAAUCGCGGGCACAAUAGCCAAGCAACCCCCUACCGCCGUUGCGAACCCGGACGCCAUCGAUAUUGAUGGCAUGGAUGACGACUGAAUGAAUUGAUACACCUACAUACAUAACUUCACAUUCUUGACCAAAAAAAAUGUUUGGCAACUCGGCACUUGGCAUAGUGAAGAGGGGAAGCCAGUUUACCUACAUAAUUUUCUUGUCAGGAAAGGGAAUGGGACGGCUGAGGUUGGACUGGCUGGCUGGCUUUUCAUAGCAACGCGUUACAUAGUACCUUGCCUAGGUAGGUAGCUAGCUACCUAAGUACAUGUAUUCUCUCCCAUAUGUACAUGUAUGUCGAACAAUGCGCUUGCGUGCUUGCUUGCCCGUCUACCUACCUGCCUGCCUGUCUACCCACCUAACCAUUGCUUGUGUUCUUUUCGUUCGUUGACGGUUCCUUGCUGUCUUAGUUCCACGUUUCGUUUUGACUACUACUACUUACUACUUACUACUACCCCCUUUUUCAUUGCAUGUCUGGUGGGCGAAAGAGGGGACCAUGGUUGCGUUGCGUUGCGUUGCGUUGCAUUGAUGGAGAGGAGAGGGGGAAGUGGAAGUGGAAGUGUAUGCACGUAGAUUAGGUAGCUACAUAAGUAGGCGGGUGGGUUGAUACUUGCUUGCUUGCUUGCUUACUUGCCUAGGUAUAUACAUGCCUCGUUCGUGGUAUGUACCACUGUGUUGUUGUUGCUUCGCGUGCGUGCCUGCCUGCCUGUAUGCACAUACAUACAUACAUACAUACAUACAUACAUACAUACAUGUCUUUCUCUGCCCAUGC